GCGACGCCAUCAGUUGGGCAACACUUCAAGCGCUGGAGCGCGCGACGCUGUUGACAGAUGCUGCGAGAAGAGCUGCGAUUGGUCCGCCGCGGUGGGUGUUUCCGCAUUCCGGGAACAGCUUUCCGUCAGCAGCGCAAACCCGUGAGAGGACCGCCGCGUCUGCGUGAAGAAGCGCCCUCGGUAGCAGGAGUAGCGGUGCGUCGCCGGGGAGCAGCGAUGCCUUACAUGUUCGUCAGUACGCAGAUCCGACUGGAGACUGGUCCAACAAAUGUGGGGGAUGAAUAUUCGGAUCCUACCAUCAUGAAUUACCUGGGAGCAAGGAAAACAACCAUGCUGGGGAACAAUUUUUCCGAGUACCAUGUGGACGACCCACCUCGCCUGGUGUUGGACAAGCUGGAGAAGAUGGGCUUCCGCGUGCUGACGAUGACGGGGGUGGGACAGACGCUGGUGUGGUGCCUCCACAAGGAGACGGUGUGAUGGAGCGAGUAUUGGCCGUAUCAAAAUGCCUCUAGAAGCCUUAAACAGGAUGAAUGAAUCAUGCUGAAGAACUUUGUCAACCUUUGACAGCUACAUAAUCAGUCCCUUGUCAAAUAAAAAUGAAGUCCUAAAGUUGAGAUUAUCCCAGACGUAAAGUUUCAGAUUACCUUCAAUAGGUGACAGGUCGCCAAUUUCAAGGAACUACCAAACUACAUUCCAGGGAACUUUAUAAGGUCCUUACUUAGCCCAUAUUGUUUGCUAUUUACUAGUGGUGACCAGGUGGCAGUGUUGAGUGAGGUCCAGUUAAACUGUUAAUAUAUCAUUUGCCAGUAAAACGUAAAGGCAUGUCUCUAAAUUCAGCCUUAGCAAAAGAGGGUAUGCCAGAUAGACAUAUUUGCACUGUGUAAAGAUGUUUUCAAAAAAUGUAUCAUAUGUGUAUCAUUAAAUAAUCUAAUGAUGUGGA